AUGGGGGCUCCAAAUAGGUCUUCGAUCGACAUGUCCUCCAAUGAACAACAAACAGAAAAUGCCACGCCCUUCAAGCGGCCUGCAGCUGCCUCGUCAACCGGAGAGCCCGCCGCGAAAAAGAGGGCCAAGUACACCACCAACGCAUGCAAACAAUGCCAGAAACGAAAGCUCAAGUGCAUCAGAGCCGACAACCAGCUAGAAUGCCAAAGAUGCAUCACCGAUGGCGCCACCUGCGUCGUAGCACCCAACUCGACCACGCGGGCCAAAGACGUGGAAGUCGAGAAGGAAUCGCAGGAAGGCACCAUUGGAGAUGACAGCAGCUCGCGAGAGAACCCCCAGAUGGAAAACCUCGCCGAGGACAUCUCACGCCUCCAACAGCAGGUUGCCACCCUGAUCGAGGGCAUGCGCGAACUCACCGAGCGAGGCCGCAGCAGCGACUACGGCGUCGCGCCCCUCGGCACGAACCAGCAAGUGAGCCCCGCGUACUCGGCCCACGCGAGAGCGUCGAGGCACAAGAGCGCCGAGCCGAUGCAGCCGCACUUUGUCGGUCCCACGCGCCCUGCCUUCAGCCUGCGCAUCGCCGAGAUCUCCCUGACGCGCAUGGGCAUCGGGUCGAACGAGGCCCUGCCGCCGAGCGCCCCGGACUCGCGUGCUGGCUCUCCGGGGCCGUCGUCGCCCGAGCCGCAGAUGGCGUCGCAGGUUGGUCUGGGCUACGAUCCCCUGCUGACCUUUGCGCCGGGGGAGAUUCUGCGCCUGCUGGACGUGUUCCAGGAGGAAGUCGAAUCCGUCUACCCCUUCAUCGAGGUGGCCCAUCUGGCUGCCGGCGUCCCCCACGUCUUGGCCUUUCUUCAGAACCCCGAGGAAGACGUGGCGCCUUCGAUGCGGCGAGCCCUGCAAAAAGACAUGCGACUCAUGAAGAUUGCCAUCGCCACGGGCAUCGUCAUCGAGGCACACGGCAGGAACGACGCGAGUACAUUGCUGACAGACUCGGUCGAGGCAGAGAUCAGCUACGCGUCGCGUCUCAAUGUUGACCUCAAAGAGGUGCAAUUGUGCACAAUGCUCAGCAUAUACCAUUUCCACUGCGACGAGGAGCUCCUCGCCUGGCGUCUCAUUGGCACCGCCGCCCGCACAGCUCUCGAAAUGGGCCUGCACCGAAAACAGAGCUUGGUCGACAACUUCCAAGAGACGCACGACCGCAACCUCGCCGUUCGGGUCUUCUGGUGCAUCUAUGCCCUCGACCGCCGCUGGUCAUUCGGCACGAGUCUUUCUUUUGCCCUUCAUGAUCGCGACAUUGACCCUGAAUUGCCCGAGCCGGGCGAGGGCUUCCAGUAUCUCAGCUGUAUGGUCGCCUACGGAAGACUGUGCUCGAAAGUGUGGGAAGCUCUUCCCCUCUUCGGCCCGUCGACCAAUUGCAUCCCCAAAGACACAGUCGGGUAUCUCGACUACAUGGCGCAGAAUUGGCUGGCAUCGAUACCGCGGGAACUCCAGCUGCGACACCCACGCCUCGGCCUGGCCCCGCGCAUGCAGCCUCGCGUCACCCACCGCCUGCGCACGCUGCUGUACCUCCGCGGCAACCACAUCCGCACCAUGAUCCACCGCCACUACGUCCUCACCUCGGCAGCGAUCGAGUCAGACCUCCAGGCUGCGCGAAACGUUGUGGACAUUGCCCAGGACAGUCUCCAGGUGCUGGUCCACCUCAACGAAAGCAGCGACAUCUACGUCCGGCAGCAGAGCGCGUUCAACUAUUUCCUCCUCAGCGCCCUCGCCGUCAUCUUCCUCGCCGUCUGUCACGCGCCCGCCACGUUUGCCGAGCCGUGCAGAGACAGCUUCCUCGCGGCGCUGCAGCUCGUGAAGGGCUUCUCCCGCCACGGCAGCGCCAGUCGUCGCCUGUGGAAGAGCAUUCGGGGGCUCGUGCCGCGCGUCAAGUCGCUGGCCCUGCGAUCCGAGGCGGAGAAGAGCCAGAUGGAGCACGACAAGGAGAGACAGGCCGGCCUCGACGAGGCGCAGGCAGACGUCGAGACGGCUGUUGAGCACACGUACACCAGUGGCGGCGCGGAACGACAGCCCUGGCAGGACAUGUGGCCGCCGAUGGACGAGGAGAUCAGCCCCGGGUUGAGCAGCUCGGUCCCGGAUGCCUUCCACAUGAGCGUCGACCUGAUGAGCCUGUUCGACUCGUUCGGCAUGCCACCGGAUUCGGCCAUGGCGACGGGGUCUUUUGAGGGCAUGUUACCGAUGGAAGGUGCGGAUGAGAUUUCACGGCGGUUUCAGGGUCUCAUAUGA